CCCUGCCAGAUUUUGAAAUCUCUCUCUCUCUCUCUCUUCUCUUUUGAAGAAAAGCAUGAGGUAGAAGAGAAACAAAGAGAUGGGUUUUGAUAAGUUGGAUUGGAAAUCCAACAAAAAUUAAAAAAAAAAAAAAAGAAAGAAAAGAAAAGAAAACGAAAAAAGGGGGGAAAAAUAAUUCUAAACCAUCGAACCCACCCCCACCACCAAAUGGAACUCACCGAUAUGCAAAGCAACAAGAAAAAUAAUAACGCCCAAGAACCCCACCAAUCUCACCACCAGCAACACCACCACCACCACCCCCAAGUUUCUUUCAAUGGCAGAUCAUCAGGAGGACCAUCUCCUGCAGGCCCAUUUAUGGGCUCCAUCUCUAUCCAAGCUGGCUUGUCUCAUGCUUCUCAUGUCCACCACCAUCUUCAUGGUCUUGCAUCUUCAACCCCUACCACUACUGGUUCUGCUCCUUCAACUUCUUCUUCAUCUUUAUCUUCUUCUUCUUCCUCCUCUUCCACUUCCACCUCCACUUCUUCUGCAGCUCCGCCCCACCUCGUCGACGCGUCUCUCGCCAUCGCCACUAGAUCUGGGCCUUUUUUAGGCUCAGCAAAGAAGAAUCAGCAGCAGCAGAAUCUUUCCAUAGUUACAACCACAUCGACAACCACCUCCACCACCACUUAUGUAGCAGCAACACCAGCGAAGCGGUCCACGAAGGACCGACACACGAAGGUAGAUGGUAGAGGACGGAGAAUCAGAAUGCCAGCAACUUGUGCAGCCAGGGUUUUUCAAUUGACAAGAGAAUUGGGUCAUAAAUCUGAUGGAGAAACAAUUGAGUGGUUGUUACGGCAAGCAGAACAUGCUAUUAUAGCUGCCACAGGGACUGGGACUAUACCAGCAAAUUUUUCCACCCUCAAUAUUUCGUUAAGGAGUAGUGGAUCUACCCUUUCAGCUCCGCCUUCGAAAUCUGCUCCUCAUUCGUUUCAUGGAGCUUUGGCUUUGGCUCAUCAUCCUCAUUAUGAAGAAGGGUUUGCCCAUACAGCGUUGUUGGGGUUUCACCAUCAGCUGCAGCAUCAGCAGCACCUGAUGGCAGCAGAUCAAGUAGCUGAAGCGCUGCCAAGUGGUGGUGGUGAAAGAGGAGGAGGGGAAAGUGGUGGUUGUGCUGGGGGAGAUUCUGGUGAGAAUUAUAUGAGAAAACGUUUUAGAGAAGAUUUAUUCAAGGAGGAUAGUCAACAACAGCAACAAGGAGAAAGUGUUAGUGGUGGUACUAGCGGAGGUGGUGUUGGAGGAGGAUCUCCCAUAAAAGGAUUCAAAAGUGGUUUGCAGCUACCAAAACCUCAGCAACAAGACACAGUAUCUUCUGGAAUACUUAGGUCUUCAAAUAUCCUACCUGCCACUGCCAUGUGGGCAAUGGCACCAGCACCAAGCAGUGGCAGCACAAUCUGGAUGCUGCCAGUGACUGCUGGUGGCGCCGGUGGUGGCCCGGCAGUUGCCACCGGCACAACUGGAGCUGGACCCUCAGAACCCCAACCCCAGAUGUGGCCUUUUUCUACAGCAACACCACCAAGCGUAAACUCUGUACAAGCUCCGUUGCAUUUUAUGCCAAGAUUCAAUCUUUCAGGUAAUCUUGAAUUUCAAGGUGGAAGAGGAAAUGCUUUACAACUGGGUUCCAUGUUAAUGCAGCAACAACCAUCACAGCAUCUUGGGUUAGGCAUGGCAGAAUCAAAUUUGGGGAUGUUGGCUGCUCUUAAUGCGUAUUCUAGGGGUGGUUUGAAUAUGAAUUCUGAGCAUAACAAUCCAUUAGAUCAACAUCAGCAACCUCAAGGUACUAAUAGUGGAGAUCAAGAUCCUAAUAGUUCUCAAUGACGAGAUUCAAAGUGGGUCAGUUGCUCGUAUUCAACUCUAUAUAUAUAUAUAUAUGACAGCUUGAUGCCUUUGAGGUUUUUUUUUUUGUCACAUUUUAUUGCAUAGUAAGCAACAGGAGCUAGCUAGCUAGAGAUUGUUGUUGGGUUUGCUUUUGCAGAUUUGGAAUUGAAUACGUGUUCAGUUUAGUUCUUGGAAACUCCAUGAACAAUGGGAGGAUGAGAGUGAUCAGUGUCCUAAUAAUUGCCAUUUUGGUUUCAGUUUGUUGAUUUUUGAAUUCUUCUCUAGAUUGAUCAUGUGGAAGAGUUUAAGAUGUGAUUUAGUUUGGUCCAUAAUGGGACAAAAAAUGGGGAAAUAGGGAAAUAGAGAGAUAGGGAGAGGUAGAGUUUGUAUAGGAGGAUAUUUGUUUGUGUUUAAUAUAAUUAUUUGCUUUGUUUGUA